GAGAAAGUUUGCCCCAUAUCCAUUAGACAGGUAGACCCCUGGCGAUGGUAUCCAAUCCCAACCCAGAAUCCGGGGUCGGAGACAGCCGUAGUCAGGCUUGGCACCAAGCAGGUGUGACAUGGGGUAUCACCACCGAAAAUUAAUUUUACUCUUGAACGCGACGUGCAAACUCGCGGCGAUUUUUCCCCCAGCUUCUUCACCACUUUGAAAGUCAAUCGACCGGUCAAUACAGCGCCAAAUCACAGCCAUGGACUUCUCGACACACUCGUCGCCCUCGGGCGCCGAGCCCCUUACCUUUAUAGAAAUGAUCGACCAGACGACCAUCAUCUCGCUGCUCUCGACACUCGCGAUCCUGUUCACGGCGCUGGGGAUUUCGAAACUGGUGUUGGACAAGCACACUCCGGGGAGGCUGAGGUUCCUGUUUGUCUGGCAUGCGUUUGACGCGCUGAUCCACUUCAUACUGGAGGGGAGUUUUGUGUGGCACUGCCUGUUCAGCAGCACGUCGGUGAGGGAGGUGAAGGGGGAUUACUUCCCGACGCCGUAUUAUUAUUUGGGGCAGGACCAAAAGGGACGGGUUUGGGGCUCGCAGGCGGCUGUUGGGCAGGAGGGGUAUUUGGGUGCUAUGGCGCAGUUGUGGAUGGUGUAUGCCAAGGCUGAUAGGAGGUGGGCGGGGGUUGAUUUGGCGACAUUGAGUAUUGAGAUUAUUACGGUUGUUUUUGGGGGUGUGAUGGCGGUGUUGGUUUGUUGGGAUUUGGCGAGGAAGAAUGUGGCUAGGGGGAACUUGGCUAUGAUCAUUCUUGCGACGGCCGAGUUGUAUGGUGGGUAUAUGACUUUUAUGCCGGAAUGGUUGAGCGGGAGCGCCAACUUGGAUACGAGCAACUUUAUGUACAAGUGGAUCUUCUUGGCCUUUUUCAAUGGCCUUUGGGUGGUUAUCCCUCUGUAUGCCAUCUACGUGGCUGGAGCGGACAUUUACGACGCUAUCUGGGUCAGGUCUAUUGUUGAGGAGCAGAAGAAGGACGAGUAAAGCGUGCGAUGAGAAGGGCGGUGGUUCGUGGAGAACGAUGAUAUACGUUGAGGGGUUGAUACAUCAUUAUCUAAUGACUGAUGUUUGAUGCUGUGAAGAGUUGGGGGGAGCUGGUAUAUGGGUAUAAUGAAAUUGCGAACUGUAGGUACGACAUGGCUGUAGGAAUGAACAAAAUGCAUAUAGUUGAUGCUUUGGGCUUUGUUGAGGGAGCCCUGAACCCAGCCAGAAAUCUCAUGAGAACCUCGCUGCAAAA